AUGUCUUUUGAUCGCUUAAGCUCAUUGGAGGCCCAGCCUACCACCAUGCGCCGGGAUGAUGACCCGCAAUACCGCGACGAUCCUGGCUUCGACAGUCUGGCGGAGUCGCUAUCCGACCAGAUUUUCACAUUAACCUCGAAUACAACCCGCUUGUCGAGUCAGAUCGCCCUCCUCGGUACGAAGCGGGACACUGAGCGAGUGCGCGAAAGGGUCCACAAUCUCCUAGAGGAGACUCGAGCGGGGUUCAAGGAGACAGGAGAAGGGCUCAAGAAGAUCCAAACAUGGGAGGAUGUCAAUCCCUCUCAGAAAUGGACCCAGCAAAAGCUAUCAUCUGAAUUCAAAGCCAACCUGGAUGAGUUCCAGACCGUCCAGCGCCGGGCCUUAGAAAAGCAACGGGCAUCUGCUGUGGCUGCCCGGACCGCCAUUGAUGACGGUGAACUUCCAUCCGGAGAUUCCGAUGUUCAACUCCAAGAACAGCAACUUCUGGAACAGCCACGUUUGGCCAACCAGGGCGAGGUCGAUUUCCAAGAGACUUUGAUCAUCGAGCGGGAGGCAGAGAUCCGUAAUAUCGAGCAGAGCGUUGGCGAAUUGAACGAACUGUUCCGCGACGUUGCUCAUAUAGUCGGUGAGCAAGGUGGCCAGCUUGAUAUCAUUAGCGAGAAUGUUCAAAAUGUCACCCAGGACACACGAGGCGCAAAUGUUGAGCUACGCAGUGCCAGCCGAUACCAGAAGAACGCACGCAACAAGGCCUGUUGUUUGUUCGUCAUUCUCGCUUUCAUCUUGGCAAUCAUCGUGCUUGCUGUUGUCAUUGGAUAG